AGAUAAUGCUGGUUUUUUUCUUUUCUUUUUUUUUUUUCCUCUUGUUCUUUUUUCUUUUUUUUUUCCCCUCUCCCCUCCCCUCCCUUGGAUUGAGACAGAGGGGAAAGGCUUUCGGAGCUCACAGUUGAUGUAAACAGACGCAGGCGUUUCGCCUUUACAGCACGAAGGCUGGGUUGUUGUUUUGAAAAUUGCACUGGAGAACCGAGGGGAUUUUUAUGAUGAUCAUCAUGCUCCUAGGUCCAUCUUUACUCCCUCGCUCUCUCGCCGGAUGCGAGACGCUAGUGGACAUGUUAUGCUUCUGACUGAAAAGAGGUUGAAUAAGAUGAGAAAGGAGGAGAUUUACUAAAAAAAAAAAAAAAAAAAAAAAAAAAAAAAAAGGCACAACGUCGCGUUCAGCCGGGAAACUUUCUGAAUAUUUCUGGAAGAGGAUGCUUGCCGGGUUUGUGAACCGCGAGAUCGGUGGAUGUUUAUCCGGAGGGAGGUGUUAGCAGAAGACGCUCCCGGGCGCCGGGAGGAGUUUGCGCCGGCGGCGGCGGCCCCGCGGCCGCGGAGCUCUCGGAGAAAAUGAGUUUCGGGGUGAGCUGCUGAAUCAGAGGUGGACCUGCGGAGAGAAGAUCAGCAGCUGCGAGGGAGCCGCCAGCCUGCACGGCACACACAUCAAGAUGAGUUUAGAAAAUGACGAUAAGAGAGCACGCACGCGAUCCAAGUCUGUCAGAGUGCCCACGGAGCUCAUCGGCCAGGAGGUGAGCUGUCCAACCCCAGGCUGUAACGGCUCAGGACACAUCCGUGGGAAGUAUGCGAGACACAGAAGUUUACAAAGCUGCCCUCUUGCAAAGAAGAGGAAACUUCAGGACGCGGAGGCCGAACAUCUGGUGUCGAAGAGGAAAUCCCAUCCGCUCAAACUGGCCUUGGAUGAAGGCUACAACGUCGACAGCGACGGCAGCGAGGAGGCCGAGGCGAAGGAGGAGUCUGGCUCCGAUGAGUCGGAGGGGGUGCUGGAGGAGGACGAGGCGGAGGCGAUGGAGCAGGAGGAGACCCGCAGCCCCGAGCAGGCAGAAGAGAGAAGCCCAGCAAAAUCAACUCAUUAUGGACAAAACACAGCGUCAAGUACAUCUGGGCCCAGCAAGGCCAACUACAGCAGCUACCAAGAAAUAAUCGCCAACUCCCUGCUGAACCUGGGCCAAAUAGCGGAGGAAACCCUCGCCAUCGAGGGGCAGCUGCCCGAGGCGGAGCUGCAGGUGUCCAAACCGCCAUCCAACGUUGUGCAUUUGGUCCACGAGGACGCGGGAGAGGAGCUGGUGGAAGAGGAGUGCGACAAGGAGAUCAUCAUCCAGACGGAGGAUGCGGAGGAGGUCAUCGAGGUCACCAGCGAGCGCAGCAGCGAGUUGUGCCCGGAGCACCGGGACGAUGCUGCCUGCGAGGAGUCCUGUAAACUGGAAAAGGCUGAGGCAGAGGAGGAGGAUGAGGAGGAGGAGGAGGAGGAUGAUGAUGAGGAGGAAGAGGAGGAGGAGGAUGACGAGGAGGAGGAAGAAGAGGAAGAAGAUGAGGAUGAAGAGGAGGAGGAGAUGGCUCCUGAAGUGAUCUGCGAAGAAGCUCCUCACACGUCUCAGGACACGCAGAAAAGCCACUGUGAAGGGCAGUUCAGCCCAAAACCCGAGUACUCAGUCAUCGUGGAGGUCCGGUCGGACGAUGACAAGGACGACGAUGCCCGGUCCCAAAAAUCAGCCGUGACCGACGAGUCGGAGAUGUACGACAUGAUGACGAGGGGGAACCUGGGGCUGCUGGAACAAGCCAUCGCGCUGAAAGCCGAGCAGGUGAAAAUCGUACGGGAGCCCAGCCGGCUGCCGGGAGAACACGUAAAGCACUUCCAGGUGGAUGACAAACAGAGCAAACCACUGGAUGGCAUCCGAAAGAGCUACUACGGCAAAGAUCCUUCGAGACCUGAGAAGCGAGAAAUCAAAUGUCCAACUCCUGGCUGUGAUGGGACCGGCCACGUCACAGGGCUCUACCCUCACCACCGCAGCCUCUCCGGCUGCCCGCACAAAGACAGGAUCCCCCCCGAGAUUGUUUUUGUUUCCCUUCCCCUCUCCCCUUCCCCUUCUUGCUCCGAAGUCUUGGCGAUGCACGAGAACGUGUUGAAAUGCCCCACCCCAGGCUGCACAGGACAGGGUCACGUCAACAGCAACCGCAACACGCACAGGAGUUUAUCUGGGUGCCCCAUUGCUGCUGCUGAAAAAUUAGCCAAAUCACACGAAAAGCAACAAACCCAGUCUGGUGAUCCUUCGAAGACCAGCUCCAAUUCUGACCGAAUACUCAGGCCUAUGUGCUUUGUGAAGCAACUGGAGAUCCCUCAGUAUGGAAGCUACCGGCCCAACAUGGUCCCAGCAACCCCACGGGCCAACCUGGCCAAGGAGCUGGAGAAGUACUCCAAGGUCACCUUCGAUUAUGCAAGUUUUGAUGCUCAGGUUUUUGGCAAACGCAUGCUUGCCCCAAAGAUUCAGACUAGCGAAACCUCACCUAAAGCCUUUAAAUCCAAACCUUUUCCAAAGGCCUCUUCCCCCAGCCACAGCCCCUCCAGCAGUUACGUGAAGAGCACUUCAUCUUCCUCCACAGGCUUCGACUACUCCCACGACGCUGAGGCUGCGCACAUGGCUGCCACUGCCAUCCUCAACCUCUCCACCCGCUGCUGGGAGAUGCCUGAGAAUCUCAGCACCAAGCAGCAAGAGGUCCCCGGCAAGUCCAUGGACAUUGAGGUGGAUGAAAAUGGGACUCUGGACUUGAGUAUGAACAAGCACCGCAAACGGGAGAGCACCUUUCCCAGCAGCAGCAGCUGCAGCAGCAGUCCCAGCAUGAAGUCCCCAGACGUGUCACAGCGCCAAAACAGCACCAGUGCCACGAGCAGCACCAUGACCUCCCCCCAGUCCAGCCAGACCUCCCGCCAGGACGAAUGGGAUGGGCCCAUUGACUACACUAAACCAAACCGUCAGCGGGAAGAGGAGCCAGAAGAGUCAGAACCUGCCGCUCACUCUUUUGCCUCAUCGGAAGCUGAUGAGCAAGAAGUGUCAGAGGAAAACUUUGAAGAGCGAAAAUACCCAGGGGAAGUUACUUUAACCAACUUCAAGCUGAAAUUCCUCUCCAAGGACAUCAAGAAAGAGCUGCUCACUUGCCCAACCCCAGGCUGUGACGGCAGUGGACACAUAACGGGAAACUAUGCCUCUCACCGCAGCCUUUCUGGUUGUCCUCUUGCUGACAAGAGCCUCAGAAACCUCAUGGCUGCCCACUCUGCUGACCUCAAGUGCCCUACUCCUGGUUGUGAUGGCUCUGGUCACAUAACAGGAAAUUAUGCAUCGCAUAGAAGUCUGUCAGGCUGCCCUCGUGCCAAGAAAAGUGGGAUCAAGAUCACCCCGACAAAGGAUGAUAAAGAAGACCCAGAGCUGAUGAAGUGUCCCGUUCCUGGCUGCGUUGGGCUCGGGCACAUCAGCGGCAAAUACGCCUCUCACCGGAGUGCGUCAGGGUGCCCUCUCGCAGCCCGCAGGCAGAAGGAAGGAUCGCUCAAUGGCUCCUCGUUUUCCUGGAAGUCGUUGAAGAAUGAAGGCCCAACCUGCCCUACCCCAGGCUGUGAUGGUUCUGGCCAUGCCAACGGGAGCUUCCUCACUCACAGAAGUUUGUCAGGGUGUCCAAGAGCUACUUUUGCUGGGAAGAAAGGAAAACUCUCAGGGGAUGAAAUUCUCAACACGAAGUUCAAGACCAGCGACGUUCUGGAGAAUGAUGAAGAGAUCAAGCAGCUGAACAAGGAGAUCAGUGAGCUGAACGAGUCCAACUCGGAGAUGGAAGCAGCCAUGGUGAAACUACAGUCACAGAUCUCCACCAUGGAGAAGAACCUGAAGAACAUCGAGGAGGAAAACAAAAUCAUAGAGGAGCAAAACGAAGCCCUGUUCCUGGAGCUCUCAGGGUUGAGCCAGGCUCUAAUCCAAAGUCUUGCCAAUAUCCGCCUUCCGCACAUGGAGCCAAUUAGUGAGCAGAACUUUGAUGCAUAUGUGAACACGCUGACAGACAUGUACACCAACCAGGAAUGCUACCAGAACCCGGAGAACAAGGACCUGCUGGAGAGCAUCAAGCAAGCCGUCAAGGGCAUCCAGGUUUAGUGCCGUGGGAUGGAGAUGAGCAAGCAAACAGACUGUAAGAUGGAACUUUCCCUCCAAGUAUUCAGGUUUACAAGUUAGAAAACUUGUUCAAUGAAUGAAAAAAAAAAAAAAAAAGAAAGAAAAAAAAGGAAAAAAAGGACCAAAAUGUAACCAAGAGGCCAUUUCUGAGACAUGGAACUGAUUGAACUCAAUGUUCUCGUUUACUUAAUUUUGGACCUUCUUGAGAAAAGUGGAAUUUUUUCUACCUGGACCACGAGGUAGAUCAGGAUGGAAGCUUAAAUUCUCCAGUAGGCUGUGGGGCUUGGUAGCAGGUGAAGAGCAGACAACUUUCAUGAGUUGCCAUGCUCUUGCAGAGUUGAUCCAAGGGUUAAAACAUUACAAGAACAGGGUCUUGUCUGAUCCAAGACUAGUGUAUGACUGGCUUAAACCCUCAUGUUGUCUAUGGUCGUAUGUCCAGAUCACCUACUCACACAUGAGUUAUGUUCUAUGUUGCUACAAGUGCUGGAGCUGCAAGCUACCUGUAAAUCUGAACCUGUGCUGGGCCUCCCAACCCUGAAGUGUUCAGAUAUCCACUGGGCAUGGGAACUCUGAAGUAUUAUAAAGUAGCUUAUUUUUAUUUUCUGAAACAAAUCUGAAGAGCAGUUCUGGAUCUCCAGUGGAAAGCGCAAUGGAAAAAAAGGUUCUCAGGGAAGCUUUUGGAGUUUGCAACUACAGUAUUCCUUUGUCUGUCUUAAAUAUGAGAAUAGCUAUUAUGAAUAGGCCAAUUCCAGAUAUUUCAUACAGAAGAACUCUUUAAUGUGUCAUGGUCCGGUGUAUAUGAUUUUUUGGAAGUCUGUUUGAUGACAGUUCUGGUUCUUUUCAUUAUUGUGAUCAUCCUUACAGUGGCGCAGUACUGCCAGUCCAGAGAUCAUACAUCAAUGCCAGAGAACGGUUGAGAUUGCGAUGAACAAAACAAAACAAAACAAAGCAAAAGAGGCAAAAACCGACAAAAAAGAGAGAUGUUAAUUGAUGGCCAGCAAAGUGCUUACACACCGUGAAUCGGGAGUUGAUUUCUCACAGAUAUCCACGGGGCAAUGAGUAUUUUUUUUUUUGGUUUGGUGUUCUAGGAUUGGCGCGAAAUCACAGCGCAAGCGCCGUUCUGCAAAGAAAAAAAAAAAGGAAAGAAAAGAAAAAACAAAAAAAGGGGUAAAAAAGAAGAAAAAAAGAGUAUUCAGGUCAUGGGUAUUCUUCCAAAGAAGCAUUUUGUAAGCAGCUCGGUACACGCAGCCCACUGUGCACUUAAAGAAUAACUCCAUGAAUGUCUUUGUGACGCUGCUCUGCAGCACCCGCUCCGUCGCCAGGGCCGGCUGUCACCCCACAGGGCUGCUCCCCACAUCUCUGCUCCCACCCAGAGCUCGCUUCCUUCUCCAAACCCUUCAGAAGCACCGUGGGGCAGAGCCCCCCCCAGGGCUCCCAGUGUGGGUGCAUCUUGCAUCCUGCGUCCCAUAUCCCGCGUCCCUCCCGGCAGUGGGGCGGGCAGAGCUGGGGAGGGUUUUGUUGGCCCCUACUAAAGGCAAGACUGCGGUGUUGUUUCAAGCUGAAUCCUGCAGAUAUUUAGGAUGUAAUUUGCGAUUUGGAGAAGUCAGUGGAAAGUCCCAGUGACUACCAUGGCCACUGGAUCUGGCCUCAAAGCCCAGGAGUGACUUGAUUGGUGUCGGUUCCCGUGUUGAGUUCCACGGGGCAGUUGGCCUGGGUGGGUAUCUGCUCCCACACUUAAGUGUUUGCAGGAUCAGACUCCAUGAGUUCACUUAUUUUAGAACCCAUUCCAAGUGCAAAAAUACAAAAGAAAGGGGAAAAAAAAAAAAAAGAAUAUGAAAUUGGAGGUGUUAAAAACACAAUGUUCUUAACAUGUAAAUAGAGUCCAAAUUGAUUGUGACUGCAAUUCAGUUAGUAUUUAAAAGUAGAGAAAUUGCACUUACUGGAAGAAAGAGAAGAAAAAAAAAAGUAGUUAGUUUAAUUAUCCUGUAAAUUAUUUAAUUUUGGCAAGAUGUAUGUAAUUUAUAUUUACAACACCUUAUGUUAACUUUUUGCUAUUUAUUUAACUUUUUUAUUUAUUAAUUUUAUACUUAUUUUAAACUGGACACUGCACCAUAGAAAUGAAGAUAAAAGAAGCAAAAAAAGUUAAAAAUUAAAACUCUUGACCAUAAAAAAUGAUAUUCCAAAAAAAAAAAAAGGAAAAAAAAAAAGACAAAAACCCCUAUCUACAACUCCUACUUGUAAUUUUGAUGCAACCAAGUUAUUUUUUAUAUAUUUUGUUAUUUAUUCUUUUAAUGAUGGGAAUUUUUUUAAAGAUAUUUUAUAACUGAGACAUUUUGAUAAUUUUUUGGUUUGUUUUUUUGCAGGGGCAGGGGCACUGGGGGGAAGAGAGACUUUUUCAGUUUUUCUUUUCUUUUUCAUUCAUAUUGUUUCAGGCACUGAUAACAGGAAAUGAAAAUUCUGUAUUUAUUAUUUAUUUAAUAUUUAAGUCGGGGGGAAAAAAAACGAACUGUGCUCUUGUUGUAUAUUUAUUUUGUCGUUUGUGUGUUGGUUAUGUGAUGACUGAGUACUUGUUUAUGUGAAGGAAUACUGUUAAUAUUUAAAUAAUAAAGAGUCACAUUGAAAGUUAUAGCAGGCUACAUGUUAUUCUGUGAAAACGAAUACUGUGAUCUACUUUCCUCAGGAAAUGUAUUUUGCAGACAGAACUUCCUUAUGUACUGGCAGGGUUAUUUCGUAAUAAAACCCGGUUCUGUUUGUGACUUUA